CUCUUCCAGUGUGGGCUCUGCUCAUGGUGUUGGUGUGUGUGUAGCUGCAGGGACAGGGGUAGGGCAAACACAGCGCCCAUCUGUGCCCACGUUCAGGCGGGGUUCCACUUCCUCUCCCUGACAGACCUCUUUGACGGGGUCAUCCAGCACAGUGCCAGGAUGCACAGCAUCUCCAGUGACCUGCACUCUGAAUUCGUAAGUCCCAUUAUUGUUCUCUAAUAUGCUCAAGGAAAUCCCCCUCUCUCUCCUCAGAGAGAAGAGUUAACAGAGGUGAUUCUGAAGCUGUUGGUAGCAUGGAAGGAUCCUCUGUGGCAGUUCCACCAGAACAUGGUUCACCAGGAUGACUUCAACAACUUCAGAUCCAACAAAGCACUGGAGAUGAGCUACAUGGUGCACGAGCUCCGCAAGGGAGUUGAGAAGGUGGCUGAUAGGAUGCAGCACCUGGGGAUGAUCAGUAACUCCCUGAGUGGCCUGUCCUCCCCUGAGGCCUUGGACCCCUCGUCAGACACCAGCGGAGAAUCCCAGGCCAUGAGCGACCACGACCUACUCUACUGCUUCAGACGGGACUCCAACAAGGUCCAGAACUACCUGAAGAUCCUCAAAUGCAGGAUCGUACCUGAGAACGGAUGCUGAGAUGUUGAGACAAGACAAGAGGCGUGACUUUCACAAGCUACCGUGUCAAUCAAGGAAAUGGGACAUCAUCAUCAUCAAUAGACAUGAUGAUAAGACCGAGACAAGAGACUGGGACUGUGGCACUUUCCUCCUCCUGACAAAUCCAACAAUGACUU